GAUAUAAAAGAGUGGAAAAUUGUGCGUAGCCCUGUUGUAAAUCGUGAACUUCUGAACAGUACGGUCGGUUAGUGCUUGACAUCGAAAAUGACUGGACGAGGAAAAGGAGGCAAAGGUCUGGGUAAAGGAGGAGCCAAGCGUCAUCGCAAAGUGCUGCGUGAUAACAUCCAGGGCAUCACCAAGCCGGCCAUCCGUCGUCUGGCCCGCCGUGGAGGAGUGAAGCGUAUCUCUGGCCUCAUCUACGAAGAAACGCGUGGCGUGCUGAAAGUGUUCUUGGAAAAUGUUAUCCGCGAUGCGGUCACCUAUACCGAACACGCCAAGCGCAAGACCGUCACCGCGAUGGAUGUAGUGUACGCGCUGAAGCGUCAGGGUCGCACGCUGUACGGUUUCGGAGGUUAAGCCGCACCCACCAGCCAACGCAGAUUUUGCCCUCAUCUCAACGGUCCUUAUCAGGACCACACAUCCUUUGCGUCAAAAUUCUUUUUCUUAUGGUUUCGAAUGUAAGUGCGUAAGAUUCAUUUGAGGUAUUGAGAAACAUUUUUACCUGAUUGACAUCAUCCACCAAAGCGUUAGUCAAGCGCUUUGAUUCGCGUGGUGUACAUACAUCACGCAUUACGAAGAACAUGCAGUCGAAGGCAGACAAUACGGUGAAAUCUCGUUUGUUUCUAAAUAAUAAAUAAACUCACCGAAAGCUGUAAACCGAAUUAUAGCUCCAUGGGUUCUCACCAGCAAGGAAACAAGGUACAUGUUUUUUUCCUCCAGCAGGCGUCACGUAGAAGUUCGUUAAGCCAAAAAGAAGAAGCCGAUGAGCAUCGCGUCGAUUCUCCACCGCGUUCCAGUCCUGAAAUGGUCGGUUCCGCCGUGUGCAUGAGUGUGUGUCUGUAUGUACGCGCUACGGAUUGAGAAUGUCUGAAGUGUGUAAAAACGGUGAAAUUUGUCUCUAUUCCGUUUGCAACACUUUCAAAAAUCGGCGUUUGUUAAGAUGAAGCACGAAGCAUUUCACAAAUCCAGUCUUUUUCAAGACUUACGAAAGAUAUUUCAACAUAUUUGUGUGUUUUACAUAAUUUACCAAAUCCGAAAAUUAUCUAAAAAUGGUAUCUCUCUUUCUUGGCCUUGUCACAUUAAAAAAAGAGCGUGAGCUGGAGCGAGAAGCAACACGGUUAAGAAAAAUUCGCUUGAAAGUGGUAACUGAUCAAACUGAACUUAUCAUAUUCGGUUUAUUUUUCAUGAAACAUGAAACAUUCCAUCAAAUCAGUCUUUUCUAGGACUAACACACACGAUAUCGGAAAGAUUUUCGCUUUUGCCCUCCUAAAGAGUAUUAAAAUCGAUCAUUGAUUUUCUCAUAUCUAAAAACCAUGCGCAUGUAACUUAUUUUCCACCAGCAAAUAGUUAUCCGAAAAUUAAAAUUCACCCGCUGAAAAAUACCGUUAAGUGCGAGUAUCCUCACACGCGUAAGUUAGAGCGAGAUGCAAUUCCUUAGUGAAAAUUCGCACUAAUUUCUUAGCUGGAAAGAAGGACAAUAGAAGGCACAUUUCGUCCGUGGCUCGGUAUCCGUUUUAAGGCAUGUUAAAAUUUGUGCCCUACCGAUUUCAAAACUUUGCAAAUUUGUUCCUGUUUCUUCCUCUAAACAUAAAGCAUAACAUAAAAUCUGUCUUUCUUAAGGGUAAAAUACACGAUUUCGAAAAGAUUUUCGGUUUUGACCUUUCAAAAUUUAUUAAAAUUUAUCGUGUAUUUUUUCUUAUGGCAUAAUCAUGCGCAUGUAACUUAAUUUGUUCAAGCAAAUAUAAUUUCACCCGAUGAGAAAUACCGUUAAGUGCAAGUGUACUCACACACCAACGCAACGAAAGAGAGCGCGUAAGUUAGAGCGAGAUGCAAUUCCUUAGUGAAAAUUCGCACUAAUUUCUUAGCUGGAAAGAAGGACAAUAGAAGGCACAUUUCGUCCGUGGCUCGGUAUCCGUUUUAAGGCAUGUUAAAAUUUGUGCCCUACCGAUUUCAAAACUUUGCAAAUUUGUUCCUGUUUCUUCCUCUAAACAUAAAGCAUAACAUAAAAUCUGUCUUUCUUAAGGGUAAAAUACACGAUUUCGAAAAGAUUUUCGGUUUUGACCUUUCAAAAUUUAUUAAAAUUUAUCGUGUAUUUUUUCUUAUGGCAUAAUCAUGCGCAUGUAACUUAAUUUGUUCAAGCAAAUAUAAUUUCACCCGAUGAGAAAUACCGUUAAGUGCAAGUGUACUCACACACCAACGCAACGAAAGAGAGCGCGUAAGUUAGAGCGAGAUGCAAUUCCUUAGUGAAAAUUCGCACUAAUUUCGUAGCUGGAGAGAAGGACAAUGGAAGGCACAUUUCGUCCGCGCUUGGGUGUCCGUUUUAAGGCAUGUUAAAAUUUGUGCCCUCCCGAUUUCAAAACUUUGCAAAUUCGUUGCUGUUUCUUACGCUAAACAUAAAGCGUAACAUAAAAUCAGUCUUUCUUAAGGCUACCACAAACGAUUUCGGAAAGAUUUUCGGUUUUGACCUUUCAAAAUUUAUUAAAAUUUAUCGUGUUUUUUUUCUUAUCGAAUAAUCAUGCGCAUGUAACUUAAUUUGCUCAUAUAUACAACAAAUAUGUUUUGUUCCUUGCACGGUUUGAACAUUGAUAUUUGCACACGCAAAAGCAUAAAACAUUAAAAGAGUGGCAAAAUUCGUUAGGUAAAACGUUUCUAGUAGUCUGGCAAUCAUUUUAUCUAGGUAUGUGUGUUCGGGAUACUUAAUACCGAGAGAGAGAGGACACGAACUCUGACACGACUCUCACUCCAAUAUUAGUAUUUCAUUAUGCAAGGAACCGAACGGAGUUCAGUCUACUUCGUACAGUCGAUCGGUCCGGUUCUUCCGCGUUUAGUGGAGCUCACUAGUCCGUGUGUGUGUGUGUGCGUGUGCGUUUUAGUAAUUUACAGUGAAGUGGUGUGUGUAGUGUGCAGUGAAAAGCUUAAACUGCGCCGCCCACACUUUUGGCGUCGCUUACCGUGAUUUUUUUCACUGUGGCAUGAAAUGCGUGUAGGAUCAUAUUUUUUCCUACUAUUUUAGUGUCCCUGAACAGAGCGUGUGUAGAAAGUGCGUUUCCGGUGCGUUCACCGGGAGAGGGGGCGAGGAGUGCGUGUAGUGAAUCCCGUCGGCCGGGAAGAAAAGAAAUGUGAGUGGACUGAAAGUACGUUUCCGGUGCGUUUCCGAUGCGUUCCCCAGAAAAAGGGGGCGAGGAGUGCGUGCAUUGAAUCCCGUCGGCCGGGAAGAAAAAAAUGCGCUCCUAUAUUAAAGUAGUUGUUGUUGCUGCUGCUGCUGCUUCUUUUUAUUAUAAUAUGGAGCGGCUGCAGCGGUACGAAACCGGGCAUCGGCGGUGGACAGGGACAGCGAUUUUAGUGUCCCUGAAUUGUGCGUGAGUGGCCUGGAAGUGCGUGGAAUAAGUGCGUUUCCGGUGCGUUAACCGGGAGAGGGGGCGAGGAGUGCGUGCAGUGAAUCCCGUCGGCCGGGAAGAAAAAAAUGCGCUCCUAUAUUUAAAUAGUUGUUGUUGCUGCUGCUGCUGCUUCUUUUUAUUAUAAUAUGGAGCGGCUGCAGCGGUACGAAACCGGGCAUCGGCGGUGGACAGGGACAGCGAUUUUAGUGUCCCUGAAUUGUGCGUGAGUGGCCUGGAAGUGCGUGGAAUAAGUGCGUUUCCGGUGCGUUAACCGGGAGAGGGGGCGAGGAGUGCGUGCAGUGAAUCCCGUCGGCCGGGAAGAAAAAAAUGCGCUCCUAUAUUUAAAUAGUUGUUGUUGCUGCUGCUGCUGCUUCUUUUUAUUGUAAUAUGGAGCGGCUGCAGCGGUACGAAACCGGGCAUCGACGGUGGACAGGGACAGUGAUUUUAGUGUCCCUGAAUUGUGCGUGGCUGGACUGAAAAUGCGUGGAAAAAGUGCGUUUCCGGUGCGUUCACCGAAAGAGCGAGCGAGGAGUGCGUGCAGUGAAUCCCGUCGGCCGGGAAGAAAAAAAUGCGCUCCUAUAUUUAAAUAGUUGUUGUUGCUGCUGCUGCUGCUUCUUUUUAUUAUAAUAUGGAGCGGCUGCAGCGGUACGAAACCGGGCAUCGGUGGUGGACAGGGACAGUGAUUUUAGUGUCCCUGAAUUGUGCGUGGCUGGACUGAAAAUGCGUGGAAAAAGUGCGUUUCCGGUGCGUUAACCGGGAGAGGGGGCGAGGAGUGCGUGCAGUGAAUCCCGUCGGCCGGGAAGAAAAAAAUGCGCUCCUAUAUUUAAAUAGUUGUUGUUGCUGCUGCUGCUGCUUCUUUUUAUUAUAAUAUGGAGCGGCUGCAGCGGUACGAAACCGGGCAUCGGUGGUGGACAGGGACAGUGAUUUUAGUGUCCCUGAAUUGUGCGUGGCUGGACUGAAAAUGCGUGGAAAAAGUGCGUUUCCGGUGCGUUCACCGAAAGAGCGAGCGAGGAGUGCGUGCAGUGAAUCCCGUCGGCCGGGAAGAAAAAAAUGCGCUCCUAUAUUUAAAUAGUUGUUGUUGCUGCUGCUGCUGCUUCUUUUUAUUAUAAUAUGGAGCGGCUGCAGCGGUACGAAACCGGGCAUCGGCGGUGGACAGGGACAGCGAUUUUAGUGUCCCUGAAUUGUGCGUGAGUGGCCUGGAAGUGCGUGGAAUAAGUGCGUUUCCGGUGCGUUAACCGGGAGAGGGGGCGAGGAGUGCGUGCAGUGAAUCCCGUCGGCCGGGAAGAAAAAAAUGCGCUCCUAUAUUAAAGUAGUUGUUGUUGCUGCUGCUGCUGCUUCUUUUUAUUAUAAUAUGGAGCGGCUGCAGCGGUACGAAACCGGGCAUCGGUGGUGGACAGGGACAGUGAUUUUAGUGUCCCUGAAUUGUGCGUGGCUGGACUGAAAAUGCGUGGAAAAAGUGCGUUUCCGGUGCGUUCACCGAAAGAGCGAGCGAGGAGUGCGUGCAGUGAAUCCCGUCGGCCGGGAAGAAAAAAAUGCGCUCCUAUAUUUAAAUAGUUGUUGUUGCUGCUGCUGCUGCUUCUUUUUAUUAUAAUAUGGAGCGGCUGCAGCGGUACGAAACCGGGCAUCGACGGUGGACAGGGACAGCGAUCCGAAAUCGUGAUCGAGUGAAAGUUCAGUGCAAUUGGAAUGUGAGUAGUGAGCAAAAUAGUGAGCAUUGAUUCGGAAGAAAAGUUUUUGUGCAUGAUUACGUGUACACACAAUAUUAUCAAAAGGAUCGUAAUGAAAGUUCAAGUUUGCGUUUCUAUCGUGAUCAGUGAGCAUCGUUCGGAAAAAAAACCCGAAUAACAGUAAAAUUGGUUCAUCGAGGGAGCAACCGAAAGGAGAGAAGUGCAUGCCGCGUACUGAAACAGGUAAGAGUAAAUAAUGUUUCUUUCGUAUGGAUUGUUUAUGAUGCUGUUGCUGCUGCUGAUGACGAAUGCGUUUUGAGAUGGUUUCGCAUACAUUGGAAUGCAAUGGGCUCGGUGCAUUCCAGAAUAACGGUUUGU